AUGUUGUCUUUCCUGCUCUUGUCCUUACUAACGGUCCCCGGUGAAAGCCGGCCGCAAUCCAAAGAGGAUCGGCAACGACGUGGCAAUGGUGUUGACGUCUGUCUGUUCGACUCUCCUCCGUCCGUUGUUACCGUCACUGUUCCGGUAGUCUCAACGGUAGUCCAGACCCAGAUUUAUACUCAUUACGUUCCUGUGCCAACUUAUUGGGCUGGCAGGCAAGAAUGGCAUACUUCAGAAAGUCCUGAUGAGGACGGAUCUGACUCUGGCUCACAGCCCCAGGGCCAAUCCAGUCCUCCGUGGGGCUCAGGACCUCCUCCGUGGUUGCAGCCUUGGGAUGGGGAUGAUGAGGGUGGGCCUCAGAAUUCCCCAGAUCAGCCCUACUGGCAUUGGCCUUGGGAACCACAGCAACAGUCAGGACAAGUCGGACAAACAGGGCAGUCAUCAGGGCAGUCAUCAGGGCAGUCAUCAGGGCAGUCAUCAGGGCAGUCAUCAGAGCAGUCAUCAGAGCAGUCAUCAGAGCAGUCAUCAGAGCAGUCGUCAGGACAAGCAGGACAAGCAGGACAGCCCAACCCUGGCUCAGGCUGGCAACCGCCUGUAUCAUUCUCGUCAUCCGAGAAGAAACCCACCUCAACUGGCACCAAUCCGGCUUCCACAGCCAAAUCGACCUCCCUUUCGAUCAGCUCCAAUUCCUUCCUCACGUCGUCCACCUCCACCUCCACGUCCUCCAUAAAAACAACCACAACGCAUAAAAGCAGCUCCCAGUCGUCCCAACCCACCCCAACGCCAGACGACUGGCCAGAUCACACUGUAACUGCAUACUACGGCGCGGGAAACACGGACGUCUUUCCACCCGAGAAGAUUCCUUGGCAGUAUCUCACGCAUCUCUGUUUCGCGUUUGCCAACACAAAUAAUUCAACGGCCAACUAUUCCAUUGACUUGGGGAAUCAUCAAGAACUCCUUAGCUAUCUGAGUGAACAAGCACAAUCGCAUGGCGUCAAAUUGAUUCUCAGUAUAGGAGGAUUCGGAAGAGGUGGUAGAUACUUUUCUGAAGUCGUCCAAACCAACCAGUCGAUCAGCGCCUUUGUGCAAUCGGUAAAGUCCGUUGUCUCUGAGUACGAUAUCGCGGGAGUUGACCUUGACUGGGAACAUGUUGGCAAUUUGGAAGACGCCCCCGUACCAAGACCUCUUACCGAUGCUGCUGGUUAUUUGCAAAUGCUUCAGGCUUUGCGAGCAGCAAUGCCAUUGGCCGAACUAUCUGCCGCAGUAUCUAUGGAACUAUUCCUCAAGGCCACAAGUCCAACAAAUAAUGCGCUCGAGGAUGUUGACAUGACGCCUUACAUCCCCCUCUUUGACAGGAUCUACCUUAUGUCCUAUGACCUGUGGAAUGGCAAGUCCACUGCAGGCUCGAACGCGGCCUUGAAGGCCGACGGCGAAUCCCCAGUCCCCGACGGCCAGGAAUUCGGCGCUGACGGCGUCCAAAACUGGCAUAAUGCGGGCUUUCCCAUGAGCAAACUUGUCUAUGGUGUCCCCUUUUACGGCUACGGUUACGACCUGGCUGACGGGAGCGACCCAGAGACCACAGGACUAUACAGUCCAGCCGACGGGAGGUCGACAGGAGAUAGUAACGAAAAUCCAAAAGAUUACACCGGAUUCUGGAAGUGGAGGAAUCUGAAAUCUCAGAAUGUGGUCCAACAACAAGUCGAUGGCAGUUAUGCUGCGGGUCCAGGAUGGACAUACGGUUUCGACAACUCGACCCAGACCCCUUAUGUCUUCGACACUGACUCGGAAAGCCCCCAGGUCAUCUCCUACGACGAUCCGCACAGCAUUGGAUUGAAGAGAGAGUAUGCAAAAGGUCAGGGAAUGGGAGGAAUGAUGUUCUGGGCUAUGUAUGGUGAUACAGACGAUGGAGAAUUAACUCGGUUGCUUGCUUAG